AUGUUCAAGGCUGGUAUCCCUGAUGGAGUGCUCAAUGUUGUAACCGGAUUUGGACCAACUGCUGGUGCUGCAAUUAGCUCUGAUCACAUGGAUAUUGAUGCCGUUAGUUUUACUGGCUCUCCAGAAGUUGGACUCAAGGUAAUGCAGGCCGCAGCAACAAGUAAUUUGAAAGUGGUUUCACUUGAAUUAGGUGGCAAAUCACCCCUCAUAAUCUUUGAUGAUGUCGAUGUAGAUAUGGCUGCUGAGCUAGCCAUUUUCGGCAUACUAUGUAACAAGGGAGAAAUAUGUGUUGCAAGUUCUCGUGUUUAUGUUCAAGAAGGGAUAUAUAACGAACUUGAGAAGAAAUUAGUUGAGAAGGCAAACGCUUGGGUAGUUGGGGAUCCUUUUGAUCCUAAAGUUCAACAAGGACCCCAGGUCGACAAGAAGCAGUUGGAAAAAAUUCUUUCAACGUGGGAAGUGGCGGAAACAAACAAAAGACAGAGAGAAGCGAGAGAAAGAGAGUGA